AUGCAGCUGUGUCCCAAAGAGCUCGACAAGCUCGUCAUCUCGCAGCUGGGGUUGCUUGCACAGCGACGUCUAGCUCGCGGCGUAAAGCUGAAUCAUGCGGAAGCUACAGCGCUGAUCGCGAACAACCUCCAAGAACUCAUCCGCGAUGGCAACCAUACAGUCGCGGACCUUAUGUCCAUCGGCAAGACCAUGCUCGGUCGCCGCCACGUGCUUCCCUCCGUCGUCUCGACCCUCGCCGAAUUGAUGGUAGAGGGCACCUUCCCCACCGGUACCUACCUCGUCACCGUACACCAUCCCGUCAGCUCCGAUGACGGCGACCUCGAGAAGGCCUUAUACGGUUCCUUCCUCCCCGUUCCCUCGAAUGAUAUGUUUCCUCUCCCCGAAGCGAGCGUUUACGAGAGCACGAACCAGCCCGGCGCCAUCGUGGCAGUCAAAGGAGAGGCCGGUACUAUCAAGUUGAACGAGGGGCGCAAGAGAAUUCGGCUUAAGGUCAAGAGUACUGGAGACAGGCCCAUUCAGGUCGGGUCACACUACCACUUUAUCGAAACGAAUCCGCAACUUCAGUUCGAUCGCGUACGAGCGCAUGGAUACCGUCUGGAUAUCCCAGCUGGCACCUCUGUACGGUUCGAACCUGGCGACGCCAAAACGGUCACAUUGGUACAGAUUGCAGGAAACCAGAUCAUCAAGGGUGGAAACCAGAUUGCUUCCGGCUUCAUUGGAGAUGUGUCGAAUAAGAUUGUGGAAAACAUCAAGACGCGCGGUUUCUUGCACGAGCCGGAGCCAGCCAGAGAUGCGGCCCAUAUUGACAUCUGCACCAUGGAGCGACAAGCGUACAUCAGCAUGUUCGGGCCCACAACGGGUGACUUAGUCCGGCUGGGCGCUACAGAUCUAUGGGUCAAAGUUGAAAAGGACAUGACCAGAUACGGCGACGAAUGCUCUUUUGGAGGCGGAAAGACCUUGCGAGAAGGUAUGGGUCAAGCAGGCGGCAGAUCUGACAAUGAAUGCUUGGAUACUGUUGUCACCAAUGCUCUGAUAAUAGACUGGACUGGCAUCUACAAGGCCGAUAUCGGUAUCAAAGACGGCAUAAUCACGGGCGUAGGCAAAGCUGGAAAUCCAGACGUCAUGGAAGGCGUUGAUCCUGACCUCGUAAUCGGAAACUGCACAGAUGUGAUUGCGGGCGAACACAGCAUUGUUACUGCUGGUGGUUUCGACUCACAUAUCCACUUCAUCUGUCCCCAGCAGGCCUAUGAAGCUAUUGCUUCAGGUAUCACCACCAUGCUUGGAGGUGGAACAGGGCCCAGCACCGGCACGAAUGCCACCACUUGCACGCCCGGCAAGACGCACAUCAAGCAGAUGCUCCAAGCCAUAGAUGAACUACCACUCAACUACGGCAUCACAGGCAAAGGAAACGAUGCCGAACUGCGUCCUCUACAGCAGCAAGCUGAAGCUGGUGUCUGCGGCCUCAAAUUGCACGAAGAUUGGGGUAGCACUCCAGCAGCAAUCGAUGCCUGUCUGACCGUCUGCGACGAGUACGACAUUCAAACUCUCAUCCACACCGACACUCUGAAUGAAGCCGGCUUUGUCGAGCAGACUAUCAAGGCCAUCAAGAACCGAACCAUCCACACGUACCACACUGAAGGCGCCGGAGGAGGCCACGCACCCGACAUCAUCAGCGUCGUCGAGCACGACAAUAUCCUUCCCUCAUCCACGAACCCCACCAGACCCUACACCAAGAACACGCUCGACGAGCACCUUGACAUGCUGAUGAUUUGCCACCACCUCUCCCGUAACAUCCCAGAGGACGUCGCCUUCGCCGAAUCGCGUAUUCGCGCCGAGACCAUAGCCGCAGAGGACGUCCUCCAUGACCUCGGCGCCAUAUCCAUGAUGUCCUCUGACUCGCAGGCCAUGGGCCGCUGCGGCGAGGUCAUUCUGCGGACAUGGAACACCGCCCACAAGAACAAAGUCCAGCGCGGCACCUUGAAGGAAGAUGAGGGCACUGACGCAGAUAAUUUCAGAGUGAAGAGGUAUAUCAGCAAAUACACCAUCAACCCGGCGAUUGCACAAGGGAUGGGGCAUCUUAUCGGGAGUAUCGAGGUGGGCAAGGUAGCGGAUUUGGUGCUCUGGAAGCCGCAGAACUUUGGCGUCAAGCCCAAACUUGUGGUCAAGAGCGGUUUCUGCUCGUAUGCGCAGAUGGGCGACCCCAACGCGUCCAUCCCCACCGUUGAACCUAUUUUCAUGCGCCCCAUGUUCGCGCCUCUCGUCCCGUCCAGCAGCAUCACGUUCGUGUCGCAGGCCUCGAUCUCGUCGGGUGUUGUGAACUCGUAUGGCCUGCGCAAGCGCGUAGAGGCGGUUAAGAACUGCAGGAGCAUUGGGAAGAAGGAUAUGAAGUUCAACGACACCAGGCCCAAGAUGAAGGUUGACCCGGAGAGGUAUACGGUGGAGGCAGAUGGGAUGGUGUGCGAAGCGGAGCCGGCGGAGAGCUUGCCGCUCACGCAGGGGUAUUUUGUGUAUUAG